UUCUUCUGCGUCGUUACUCGUGAAUUGAAAGCGAAGCUGCGAGGGCUGAAGUUUAUCCUCCGCCCAGCUCACUGUAGAACUUACGAGAGACGACUACCACCCCUUCCCUUUCCGCAUUCAAGAAACCAGAAGAAAGCGUGUGUCGGUCUGACAUGAGCCGGGACAGGAGAGAAAGAAUACCACAGCACAGGACAACAUAAAACACCUCGCAUUUGUUGAAGCUGUCGCUGUGGACCUGACUGAAACGCUUAGCAUUAGCUUUAAUUUGAAGACAUCCGUAGAGACUAGGUAGAGUUGUACUCGUUUUUGACUUACUCCGUGGAAGACUGCAGCCGGCUGAGAAGAUGCCCCCCAGAUGCAGAUGGUUGGAGCUGAAGCAAGCAGGGAAUGAGAGCUUCAAGAAAGGCCAGUACGGAGAGGCGUCAGAGCGUUACAGCCAGGCUAUCAAAGAAUUCGAGAAGUCAGGCAAGAAGAGCCCAGAGGACCUGAGCAUUCUCUACUCCAACCGGGCCGCCAGCUACCUCAAGGAUGGAAACUGCAGCGAGUGUGUGAAGGACUGCAACAUGUCUCUGGACCUGGUGCCAUUCGGGGUGAAGUCCCUGCUGAGGCGAGCGGCGGCCUACGAGGCCAUGGAGCGCUACAGGCAGGCCUACGUGGACUACAAGACCGCCCUGCAGGUGGACUGCAACAUCCCCGCCGCACACGACGGAACCAACCGGAUGACAAAGGUUCUGACAGAGAUGGACGGGCUGGCCUGGAGGGAGAAGCUGCCAGAGACCCCGGCGGUACCGAUGGAGGUCCGAGAGAGGCUGGCCCAGCAGGCUAGACAGAGCUCCAACACCCCCAAACAGCAGCAUAACGGAGCUAGGGACGUACCUGCUCCUAGUCAGCAGGAUGUGCGCAAGGCCCAGGUCCUGAAGGAUGAGGGCAACGCUCUGGUGAAGAAGGGCCAGUACCAGAAGGCUGUGGAGAAAUACAGCCAGAGUCUGAAGCUCAACCCCACAGAGAUCACCACUCUCACCAACAGGGCUCUGUGCUACCUGUCAGUGAAGCAGUUCAGGGAGGCGGUGAGGGACUGUGAUGAGGCUUUGGUGAUGGACGGCAGCAACAUCAAGGCUCUUUACAGGAGGGCCCAGGCACACCGGGAGCUCAAGGACAGCAAAGCGUGCAUGGAGGACCUCAACAGGCUGCUGAGGGUGGAGCCCAAGAACACGGCCGCACUGAACCUGCUGCAAGAAGUCCAGAAGAAGAAGUGAUAGCUCUCCAGGAAGGUGGAGGAAGUGGUGACAAUCAUGUGACUGCCUGGAGAGGGGGGGGGGAGGAGAUUGAGGAGGAGGGACGUUUGGCUGGGCAGGGACAUGAUUGGUCCGUUUUGGAGAACAGAGCAGGGUUACCGCCUUCCCUUGAACGCAUGUUAGGAAUUCUUCAGCGUUUGUCCGUUUUGAGUUGAAGCAAGUGUAGCCGUGGCUAGUUCAGCCGGCCUCUGUAUUUAAAUACCGACGGGACAAUCGUCCGUUUAUCUUUGGUCCAGUGUCUUCACAAUGGCCCAUGGAUGAACAGCAGAGUUUCCAGCUGCCUCAACAACUCACUCCCCUCUGCCACCGGAGCCUUCAGUAUAUCAGAGUUUCUGAAAAUUAAUUUUUGCUGAGAUAUUUGUUGUUUACUAGUAUUUAUGAAUGUUAAUGACACACUCGCAUACCAAUAGUUCUUAAGUAACUUAAAAAACAACUUCUUUAAAUUCAAAUCCUCCUGCCUUUGCUGUUAGGUAAACAACUCAUCAGUUAUUCAGGAUUAUUAUGGUCUGUAAACCUGUUUUCUUGUUCCUGGUUUGACUUGGAUGUCGGGUGUGAUGCCCUCGAGGAUAUCCUGGGUGUUUUCUUAGACCGGACUAGCUGGCUAGUUUCUGAUUGGCUUAGACUGGUUUUGUGUGAUGUUAUGCUAAGUCACAUCACAUGCACUUAAGUGAGCCGAUCAGAAACGCAUAAAAAAUGUAUUUGCUUGCUGAUACUGAUGUGGUUUGAUCUGUUUUUCUUGAAGGCUGUACCUAAUAAAACAGAUGAACACGAUUCAGAGCAUUGGUUCACUGUGAAGGAUAAGAUCUCACUUUCUGCUUCCACGUAAGAGCAACAGCACUCCGCUUGGUUUCUAGUCAUCAAGAUGACCUCCCACUACGGGAUGUUUUUUAGUUACAUCCGGUUAACUUCAAUGCCUCCCGGUGACUUCAGCACAUGGUUCUGGGAUGGUUUGGGGGGUGUUCUGCGACUCCUUUGUCCUCCAAAGUUCAGUGGACCUCGGAGGAGGAAAUCCACCACACACUUUCAAACUCAACCGCUUAUCUUUCAUUGUUCUUUGCGGAUUUCAUCAUGUCUGAUCAAUAGCAGCCGUCCUCGGUUUCACGUUUGAUGUAAUGCAUACUGAGGAUGUACUGUACGUCUUGCCUGCUUCAAAAUACUACAAUUGUAAUUUAAUGGCAACGGUUGACCGGUUAGAAUUACCUUUCCAAUAAAGUUCUUACUUGGUU